AUGCAAUCGAAUCGGAUCAGAACUCCCUGCAGUGCCCCGAUUCGAUUUCGAAAAUGGCGUUGGCCAUGUGAGCGAGGCGCCAACCCCGCCGUGCAUCUUGGUCGUCGCUGCAUCUCUACUUCUCACCUCUCACCUCUCGCUUUCUCUUGGCCACACCUAAUACGGCACCUGGUCCACCCGAGCGCAUUCCUCUCUGCAUUUCUACCAUUUCAUAGCACCGACUUGGGCAACGUUGACGUUCUCGCGAUGGCUGUCACCAACGAACAGUUUCUCUCUGAGCUCACCAAGCUGUUCGAGCAAAGCACAUCCAAGCACUCGGUCUACAUCGCCUCGAAGAAAGCACCGGCUUCAGCGGCCAAGGACGGUGAUGUCGACAUGACACCUUCGUCAUCGUCUGGGAUCACAGAUGCAAUCCUUUUUCGAGCAACGAACGGUGUUUCGGGAAGCGGUAAGGUCAAGAUCAGCACGUUGGUGCCUGCUUCCAAGCUCGCCUCCUUCCAGACAGCAUACUUGCCCCUGCUGAGAACACAUCUCUCCACCGGGCUCAAGAAGCGUGACAAGGCCAAGGAGAGGAAGAUGGACAAGGCUCAAGAACAGAGCCGCAAGAAGCUCAUCCAGGUGGUGGAUGGAAAGGACAAGAUCAUCACCAACCAGAUCGGAAGCAAGCGCGGUGCGGGUCGACGCAAGCGGCAGCGUGCACUCAAGAAGGGGCUCGCAUUGCGAAAGGAGAAGUCGAAAGAAGCCAAGCGCAAACAGCAAGCGACCAAAACGGUCUGA